AUGGACCCGAAUAUCGAUCCGAGUAUGGACCCAUCAUCCGGGCUCUUUAGCAAGUUCACGGUGUCGCCGCGUGACCACGACGACUCCGGACUCGUGCAGCAGCAGUACCACAACACCGCGCUCACCGCUAUCAACAACACAAUGUUCCGACUUAACGAGUACAAUGAAAUGGCCAAGGCUUCAUCCAUGGGCAUGAUCAAUUACGGCGCGUUUGACACGCUUUCACCGCAGCAGGAGCUCCACCCCUCGCACCUUGCACAGGCGGUGAUCGACUCGGGCAUUCUUCCGCGCGAUGCUCUCGCGCUCGCGCCCGCGCCUCGCGUCGCACACCCCUCCGACGGGAUGAACUUUGUGGUGGUAGACCCGAGCUCCAAGACUGCAAACAAGCGACUCGGAAGACCGAGAAAAAAUAACACGGUUAAUAUCGCACCGCCGGAAAUGUCGUCGCAGCUGAACUACAACGACUCUGUGAUCUCCAAAUUUCGGUUCGACUCGCUCCCGGUCGCCGGCCCGGGGUCACGCGGUGGCAAGAUGCGCGCGCGCGGCGGUCGUGCAACAAGCCACACCGCGCGCUCUCGCAAAACAACCACACCGUUGAGUUCUGGCGGCGGGUUCAAGCUCGUUAUCGAGGAGCCCAUUAUCCGCGCGGACGAAUUGUUGCUUCAGGCAAAACACAUGCGCGCGCCCAGACCCGCGCAGACGGUGAUUGUGUUGGAGGACUACGAGUCGUUGACCGCGAAAGGACGUAGCACCGCGCGUGACGACGUCGUGGGGCGUGGACAGACGCGCACGAUCAAACUGAAGGCGAAGGAAGCCCCCGAGCCCAAAACUAAGGGCAGAGCCAAGGAACCCAAGCGGGAGAUUAGCGCUUAUUACGAUUUACAGGAGAGCCACAGAUCUCUUUUGGCAUUGGGCUUCAGGGUCGUUCCAGCCCCGCACGCAGCGACUAUCCUCGAGAUUUUGGCGCUUUCCCCGGGGCUUUCGCCGCAAGACUUUGAGGAGGGAUUGGGGCUUUCCCAAGAGACGCUAAGACGUGAUAACGUGCGUGUUCGCGAGGCUCCGCGUAGUAAGAUUCCCGCGCGACAGCUUGUGCACGCGGAAGCCAGUAUGACGUCGCUUUUUCACAGGCUCCUCACACUGGCGUUAGGAAAAGAUGUGGUUGGUGCGAGUCAAUCACAGGCUUUGGAAGAGCUAAAGCAAAUGUCUAUUGAGUGGAAAGAGGAUAAUGAACUCAAUCCGUAUGGCAACCCUGAAUUUUCCACCAGAGGCUUGGAUGCACUCGAGCCGGAGGAAAAGUUGGGUGUAUUAAGAGUUCUAACCAGAAUGGAAGCCUCUAAAAACUUGGUGGGGGGUACACAAUCUAGUAAGGGGUCUAUCGAAGACUUUUUUGUGGGGGAAGGCGGGGCUUUUGGCCGGUUUUACAUGUGUCCAAUAGCCAGAUCUGCCACGGAUUUGCCUGCGUGGAGUGUGAGGCCGCGUUUCAAGUUGUACGUCCAGGAUGUUUUGCAAACGCUUUCGAGCGUCUGGGGUGAAACGGUGUCGAAGGAUCUACAUGAUCUUGUGAACAAUAAAGAGCCGAAGAAGAGCGACAAGGCCCCUGUGUUCUUUGACACGGUGGAUGAGUUUCUCACAGAUGGUGAGGACGAGGUAUCGGAAGCCCAUACGCAGGUGACGGACGGUGCUGUAUGGUACGAAGUGGCCGCCAAUAUCACAGAAAUAAAGGAGUUUGUGAGGGUUUUGGGGCUCAAGCUUGAUCCGUCUGAAACGGAAAAGAUGUUGAAGGAUGCGGCGGGAUACAAGCAAUUGCUUGGUUUACACAGCAGUCUUUGCCGCGUAGUAGAACUUUUGACAAAGCAGGAAACUCCUUUUUCGCCUAGGCGGUCUGCUAGGAAGAGGGGGGCGGAAGAGGAGUAA